CCUAGCUACAUCAAAGUUGGAGAAAAUCAUUAGCAGAAGAAGAAAGGAAUUGAUCGAAUUGAAAAUGGUUAUGGCAAUGGAUUUGGAUUUGAAAAGGAUGGACGAACAGCUCAAACCCCACGUUGACCGACUUUUCAACAUCCUGGAAAAGGGUGCACCGGCCGGCCGGGGAAAAAAUCGUCCGUUUCCGACGGAAGACCUACUGCUCGGAAUGGAAUACGACAAUCUUCUCAAAGAAAAGGGUCGCCUCAAGUCAACCCCAAAAUCCGGCGGCGUAAGAAGAAAUCCACUGUUUGGGUCGGCGGAAAAGGGUUGCCACCAGCGGUCAACGGAGUUGAAAGAGGAGGCUGGAGAAAGGCAUCCGCCGCUUCCGGCGGAAGGAUGGCAGUUGGACCCCAUGAAACUGACGAUCAAAGCUCUCAUCGCUGAAGGUGCAUCCGGAUUCAUCUACAGAGGCUCAUACAACGGUCUUGAUGUUGCAGUCAAAGUGUUCGAAUGGGAAGACGUAAAUACAAGGGAGAAAGUGGAAAAAGAUUUCCUCCAAGAAGUGUCUGUUUGGUAUCAUUUGGACCAUCCUAAUGUUGCAAAGUUUAUUGGAGGAAUAAGGAGCAUAUCAAAGGUGAAUAUCAUACCCAAACACAGCUUUAGAGUGCCCAAGAAUGGCUUCUGCCUGGUGGUUGAAUACCUCGCCGGUGGCUCUCUCCGGACACACCUUUCUAGACACCGGAAUAAGAAGCUUUCCGAGAGGGAUAUUGUUCACUUUGCUAUUGAUAUUGCCAAGGGAUUGUGUUACCUUCACUCCAAGAAAAUCAUCCACAGAGAUGUCAUGACCCAUAAUUUGCUUCUUGACAAAGAAGGACAUGUGAAGUUCGUGGACUUUGGAGUUUCUCGAUUGGAGGCAGCAAAUAAGAACUUGAUGACGGCUAGUGCGGGAACACAAGGUUAUAUGGCCCCGGAGGUCUUUGAUGGAAAGGAAUAUGACCACAAGUGUGACAUAUAUAGCUUUGGAAUUUGCUUGUGGGAGAUCUACACUUGCACAUUCAUUGUCGACCAGGGUCAAAAACUUGACAUACCAGAUUCGUGCCCGAAGAGCUUAGCAGAUGUGAUGACAUUGUGUUUGGAUUCGGAUUCGAGCAAGAGACCGGAGAUGGAGAUGGUGGUGAAGAUGCUAGAAGCAAUCCCUGCAUCUCAAGAUACAUCAAGAAAACUACAUUACACUAAAAGUGUAGGCUGCUUCUCCAUAUUUUCAAGCCUGCAAAAGCAUCCUCACUCCUAGAUAGCAGGCUGCCUAGCUAGCUAUACCAUUUUUUAUUUGCAGGAGUAGGAGUAGAUGAAUAUAAUUAACUUUCUGUGUAAUAUUCUAGUGUUUGAAUUAAUGUAUAAACGAUAAAGAACUAC